UAGAAAUUAAGAGAGUGGAAAGCUAGCUAGCUAGCUUUUGGCUAUAUGGUCUCCUUUCAAGCCCCCCUCUCUCCUCCAGACAUGAUCAGAAAGACGAUCCAGGAGUUAGAGAAUUCAUCAAAGAAGAGAAAGUUGGAAGAGCCGCAAGAAGGUGAUCGUGAAGAAACUUUCGAGAAGCGUUGGAAAGCCGAAAGCACGAAAUCGAUGUUUGAUAUGGAGCUACACCUUGAGACUCCAUUACCUUUGGAGUGGCAAAGAUGUCUUGAUAUUCAGUCAGGGCAGAUACACUAUUACAAUACGAGGACCCAUGCGAGAACUUCUAGGGAUCCAAGGAGAAGCCCCGAACCCCCUAGCCCUGGUCAUCACGUGAGCCUGGACCUUGAGCUAAACCUACCAUGUGAUUCAGUAAGGAAAAUUGAUACAACAGAUCAUCAUCAGCAAUUCAACAAGCACAACUCUGUUACCACCACAAACGCUGGUGCAGUUGAUAAGAAGAUAAACUCAUCAGGAGGAUUAACGCACAACCUUUCAUGGUUGGCAGUGGAGGAGGAUGAUGAGCAACAUCAAGAGAUGGUAGCAACAGUGUGCAUGCGGUGCCACAUGUUGGUGAUGCUAUGCAAGUCAUCACCUGCAUGCCCUAACUGCAAAUUCAUGCACCCACCAGACCAAUGCCCUCCAAAACUAUUCAGGCAAAGGCUUAGCCUCCUGUGCUAGCUAGUAAGGAUCAUCAUCAAGUUUUUAAGUUUAGGAUAACAUCCACUCCAACGUGUGUUAAUUAAAUUUUUAUUUCUUAAUUCGUCUUGAAAAGCUAAAUAGUACUCCUGUCUAAAGGCAUUAGCUAAUAUAUAUAAAGCUUCUUAAUCUCCAAUGAAAAAUGUCUACUGAUUGAGAGAGAGAGAGAG